AUGAAAAUAGAGCACAGCCCAUAAUCUGUGUGAAAGAUACCAGAACCCGCCAUGAUGCCUUCAUCCAUACUCUUAGGGACUCGUUGGUAUUAGGCUAUACAACUAACAUCGCGCUAACGGUGUAAAACUGUCGUAAUAUUGGAUGUUUGAUAUGUUAACAUGGACAUGGGAAAUGUGAUUUAGCGGCUUGAUUAUGGAAUAUAUUUCAUAAUGCAUUAACCUGCUACACCAUAUACAGUCGUCAUGGUUUAUUAAACGGGUUAAAAAAGAACGUGUCCAGAAGACCUGAUAGUUCAGUGGUAGUACAUUUGGUUGGGCAUUAGUUCUAUCACAAUGUCAACCAGUGUAUAUCCAUCUUCCUCAAUUGGUGGACAGACUGGUAUUAACAGCAGGCCCUUCAAGUGUGCUGAUUGCGGAGGCACUUUUACCCAACAGGCAGAAUCUGGGGCACCUUUCUCUCAUUCACUAGGGGUCUCAAGGCAAGAGCGGGGUCACAGAGGUAGAAGUGUGUCCAAAUGCCCAACCUGCUCCAUGUCCAUAACUUCCACCGGCCGCGUGCUUCACACAUGCAACCGCUCAGACGUGCACCCUCACAGCUGCACGCUGUGUGACAAAACCUUCAUAUCCUCAGCCCACCUGGCCCUGCACUUGCAGUCACACUGCGGUGACCGGAAGCACAGGUGCGGUGUCUGCGGUAAGCUCUUCCGCCAGUCCGCCCACCUGUUGCGCCACAGGUCCAUCCACAGUGGGGACAAGCCUUUCAAAUGCGCAGAGUGUGGCAAGUGCUUCGGCCGCGCAUCACACCUGAAGACGCAUGCCCGUCUCCACACAGGGGAGAAGCCCUUCAAGUGCACCACCUGCGACAAGGCUUUCACCCAGAAGGCAGGUCUUAUUAUGCACUUUCGGCUGCACACGGGGGAACGUCCUUUCAAGUGCGACCUGUGCGGCCAGACUUUCCGCACGUAUGCGGUCCUGCAGUCCCAUCAGGCGCUGGAGGCAGGCCGGCGCUGCUUCAGCUGCAGCCAAUGUGAGAAAACCUUCAGGACCGCUUCAGAGCUGAGCAGACAUGAAGCAGCCCAUGGAUGUUCGGAGGUGCUUAAGUGUGGCGUCUGCAGCCGCUCCUUUGUGCGACCGUCAUACCUGCGUUUAUGCAUGGGCAUGCACGGCGGACAGAGGCCCUAUCACUGCAAGGUGUGCAACAAAACCUUCGCCAAGAUGUCCACCUUCGAGAGACACUGUGACAAACACCUGAGGCAGAGCAGGGGCGACGAGGAGGAAGAGGAGAAGGAACAGGAUGAUAUAAAACCCUCCUUGUCACCCCUGCUCUCCACUGCUUCCUCAAACAAUCUUUCUCUUUUCUCAGAGAUCAACACACGCUCCAGAACCAGAGCUAAAACCAAGUUGGGGUAAAUCAACCCCCAUAUUGGAAAUAUUCUCUUUUUCGGGUGAUUACAAACAAUAAUAUUAACAGAAAUACUGUACUGUAUACUGCUAACUUUGUUGGUUGUGGAACAAGUGCUUUUUUCUUGCACACACAUUUCAACUAUAAUUUUGAUGGACAUGAAGAGCAGAGCGUAAGGAGAGAAGCACACUGCAUUUCAACAACUUCACAAAUGUCUUGUUUAACAGACUGAUUUACAAACACUAAUGAAUUGUUCUGAACAAAACAAAAUGUAUGUUGAACUGUUUAAUAUUUGUGGUGCGUGGUACUAUAACUGGGAGUCAGAUGGCUGAGCGGUGAGGGAG